CUCUGCCCAGCGUAGCUGCUGUCUGCAGAGCAAAGCGAGCGCAGCCUCGCCCAUUCCUGCCUGCCUCCUCCACAUCUCUACGCACUCCAUCCUCCUCCCCAACCCCACCGUCGCCUCUUGUUGACCAGUCCAGUCCAGCGACGGCGGAGAGCAACCAGGAGAGCGCCGGCAUGAGUGAGGUCGCCGCUGAGAAGGAGGUGGAAGGUUUGGAGAGGAGGAGCAAGAUGAAGAGGGCUCGGCCGGAAUCGAGUACCUGGACCGAGGUCCGCGGCGUGUACCGGCUACGGAGCGGCGCGUACGGGGCGUCGAUCCGGGACCAGUCUAGCCGGACCCAGGUGUGGCUGGGUAGCUUCGGCACCGUCGAAGACGCCGCCGCAGCGUACGCCGCCGCCGCCAAGCUGCCCGGCGUGAGGAAGCGGCCCGAGUUCCGCGGCGUGUUGCGGACCCGCAGCGGCAAGUACGGGGCUCUGAUCAAACACUCGAACAAGGGAACCGCGCGGACCUGGCUCGGCACCUUCGGCACCGCCGAGGAGGCCGCCAGGGCGUACGACGCCGCGGCCGUCGACCUGCACGGCGCCAGGGCUGUCACCAACUUCGGUCCGGGCAGGAGGGUGCGGGUCGACCCAUCUACACGACACCAUGAUCUCUCGGUGGCGGAGUGGCUGCAGGUGGAGGAGCUGCUCAAGGACAUGGACUCCAUCGACGACAAGGAGGCGCUGAUUGACGCGGCUGCAAUUCUUCACCAGAUUGCGCUAGCUGGCCAUGAGGAAGGUGGGAGAGAUUGAAGCGCGGCGACGAACUGAUGAUGAGCAUUAC